AUGACAGAAACCCUCCGUCCAGCCUUCGCCGACCGACCGCGGCCUCUCCUCUCUUACGGCAUCCCCUUCUCCUCGUCCGCAGCCCACCAUAUCACCGACCUCUUCCACGCCUCCAAAAUCUACAUCCUCUGCUCCGCCUCCCUCGCCCGCGACACCGACGCCCUCGACCGUCUCACCCGGGCCCUGGGACCAGACAAAAUUGCAGGGACCCGCAUCGGCAUGCAAAGCCACACUCUCUGGUCCGAAGUGCUAGAAGUAGUCCGCGACGCCCAAGCGGUGGAAGCAGAUCUCCUGAUUACUUUGGGCGGGGGGAGUCUAACUGAUGCCGCGAAGGUGGUUGCGUUGGCAAUAUCCAACAACACCACCACCCCAUCCACCCUCCUUACCUUAACAAGCGAACCACCCACUCCGAACCCGCCCAUCAAACCCCCCUCCAUUCCCAUCAUCUCCAUCCCCACCUCCCUCUCCGCGGGCGAAUACUCCUCCUUCGCGGGCGCCACGCACGACACUUCACGUCGAAAAUACUCCUUCGGGGCACCGAUCCGCGGCCCGCAGCUGGUGAUACUUGACCCCGAGCUGACUGCCACCACUCCCGAACGGAUCUGGUUAGGGACGGGGAUUCGCGCGGUGGAUCAUUGCGUCGAGACGUAUCUGUCCUCCGGGGUGGGAAGUAAAGAUGGGGUUACGGAGGAGACAGAUCGAUUGGCGUUGCAUGCGUUGGGGUUGUUGAUACCUGGGUUGGUGAAGUGUAGGUUAAACAAUAAAGAUGGGAUAGAUGCAGAUGGUGAUGGAGGGAAAGCAGCGCGAUUGGAUUGUGCUUUGGGCAGUGUGGAUGCUAUGGCUGCUUGUUCGGCGGGGUUGCCUUUGGGGGCGAGUCAUGGGAUCGGGCAUCAGCUCGGCCCUUUCGGCGUGCCCCACGGCGAAACAAGCUGUAUUCUCCUCCCCGCCGUAUGCAAAUACAACGCCAAGCACAGCAGCAGCAGCAACAGCGAUGUGAUUCCCCGACAGACUAAACUCCGCGACUUCCUGCUCCGGCAGGAGGGUGUGGCGGGGGUAGUGCGUAAAUAUUACGCAGACGCAGCAGUUGACCUCGGGGAUGUGCUGGACGCGGUCAUUCGAGAGUUAGGGCUGCCGCGGUCGUUGCAGGCGGUCGGGGUGGGGCGGGAUCAGUUCGAUGCGCUGGCGGAACAUAGUCUGCAUGAUCGGUGGUGUCAGGCGAAUGUGGUGCCGCUGCAGGAGAAGGGGCAGGUGUUGGAGAUUUUGGAGACGGUUGCUUGA